AGGAAUACUUUGUCAGGGGUGAGCAAUUUUGGGUGAUAGAAGUGCUAGUCUUAUAUUCCUAAUUGGCAACAUUUGAUGCCUACCCAUGAGUUAUCCUUUGGUAUUUUAUGAUUUGUCUAAUCAGGUGGAAUCUUGAGACUAAAUAUUACUCUGCGGAACUCUCCAUAUGGACAGCUAAUAUUGAUAAUGGGAUCUCUUUACAAAGGCUGCUAGCUUCGAACCAAUUAGCAGCAUUGGUGAUGGUUUUUGACAUGAGUGAUGAAUCUUCUUUUAUUACUCUUAAGGAUUGGGUUACUGGAAUUGAUAUUGGGAGUUUUGAAAUUCUUUUAUGCAUUGGAAAUAAGGCAGACCUUGUGCCUGGUCAUUAUGCCCAUGCAGAAUACAGAAGGCGGUUACAGAAGCAAGGCGAGUUGAGCGAAGAUCCUCAUCCUGAAUUUUGGGAUUAUGGCAUUAUUGAAACUGAGAGUUACAGCCUAUUGGGGAAUGAAGAUCCAUCUGCAGAAAUAAAAAAAUCAUGCAUGGAGUGGUGUAUUGAGCGCAAUAUAGAGUAUAUUGAGGCUUGUGCGUCCAAUGUGGACUUUGACAAAUGUUUAUCAGUUGAUGGUGAUGUUCAAGGUGUAGAGCGUCUUUAUGGAGCUCUUGCGGCCCAUAUGUGGCCUGGAAUGAUCUUGAAGUCUGGGAAUAUGAUCAACUUUCCUCAACUUGUUGAGAAGGAAGAUUUCACAGAUGAGGACACAGAUUACGAGAUUGAAUAUGAAGUUUUAUCUGGAGGUGCUGAUGAACCUUGGGAUACCACAGAAGAUCCAGGAGCUUCAUCCAGUAUGCCUAAAGCAGGCAACAAGGAUUCAGGAGCAGGUGAUGAAGGCAACAUUGUAAACAAUGGUGAUCUAAUCCACAGUAAUGACAAUAUUGAUCGAGCCGCAGUUAGGGCCGAAGCCUAUUCAGCUUCUGGCAACCUUCACAAUCCACCCAAUACUGAUUUUGCAUCUGAAGCAGCUACUGUAAAAGAAUCUGACACUGUUAAAGUCCUGUCUGAGGAUCAAAAACUUGAGCCAUCAACUUCGGAUGUUCAGGGACAAGGGUUUGCUGAUGCAGUUGAGCUAGAUGAAGAUUUACAGUUCAGUUAUGAUGAUCUAGAAAGGUUAAUGGCUGAGAUCGGCAAUAUGCGAGGGAACCUGAGGCUGAUUCCAGAUUUCCAAAGACGCGAAAUGGCGGCGAAGCUAGCCUUGAAAAUGGCAGCCAUGUUUGGAGAAAGCAGCGAUGAAGAUGGCCUCUGAAACUUGGUGGCAGUUCUGAGCUCAGGAUGGAGAGUCAUUGCCAUGGCAACUGAGGAAUUUGAGACUAGCGAUUUGUAUUUUUCCUUUUUUUCACUACUUUUUUAGUACUAGGAAUUGAUUUUUUCCUUUGAUUUAGGAGAGUCAAGCCACAGUUUGAGCAGCAGUAAUGGCAUUGUUAAGCUAUGUAUGAUGUAAUCUCAUCGUUUGAUGAUUCAGUUCUACAUUUGAUUGAUGGUAGGGUGUCAAUUUGGGUCAACGGAUCGGGUUUGGAUCCAACCUGACUCGAGCAUAAACGGGUUGACCCGAGCCCGAUCCGAUUUUAUAAAUGGGUUAAGUUUUUCAACCCGGCAGGCAGCGACAGGUAGUGACAGUAGCAUUGGCGUUAUGCUUACAACAAACAGCGGCAAUGUCACCAACGUCGUUACGCAGCUUACGCUUGGACAAGGGCUGAGGUGAGCAUAUCAAGCUCGGUUUGCCGGGUUGACAUGAAUCUGACCCGAAUUAUAAACGGGUUCAAAAAUAGGACUCGAAUCCAACAUGUUAUUUUAUCGGGUCGAUCAAACUCAAUUUUUUGGGAUCGCAUUCGGGCCAGGCUUUCGGGUCAUGCCAAAUAUUGACAUCCCUAAUUGAUGGGAAGCAUGCAGCAAUGCAUUUAGCUUCAAAAUACAUGCUUGAAGAAAAUAUUGCAAUAUCAUUUUACUA